ACAGAACAAAUGAAUAGGACAUUGGAAGAAAUGUUAUGUGCAUACUCCUCAUACAAACAAGACAAUUGGGAUGAAUAUUUACCUGCUGCUGAAUUUGCUUACAAUAACUCUAAACAACCUUCAACUGGACAUACACCUUUUGAAUUGGAUUGUGGUCAACAUCCAAACACUCCUAUACCAGCAGCAGAGGAUUUCUUAAAUCAUUGGAACACUAUGAUUCAAAUUGCAAAAGAUACUUUAAUGAUUGCUCAAGAAAGACAAAAACUUGCACCAAAAUACAUGGGACCAUACACAAUCAUUGCUGUAAUUUCUACAACUGCAUAUAA